GGUGCCCGUCGCCUGGCCUCCAGCGGGGCAUUUAAAUGCCACCCGGGAUUCAAGCCGAAGGAGCGCCAGCCGCCGCCGCCAACAACACCGCCCGCGCCCCAAGAGCCGGCCCGAUCGCGCCCCUCCCGCACCGUCAGCCAACCCAACACCCGACCGGCCGGCAGCUCUUGCGGCGCCUCUUCCUCCGCCUCUCGCUCAGCAGCCAUGCGGGCCAUCCCUGCGCCAGGCGUCCGCUUCCUUCGCUCCUUCUCCAGGGACAGCUGGUACCGGGGAUUAAUUCUGGUGCUAACCUUCCUGUGCUACACCACUUUUCAUCUCUCACGGAAACCCAUUAGCAUCGUAAAGAGCGAACUACAUUUUAACUGUUCUUCACUGGGAUCGAGGCCAAACAAUGCGUCCAACAGCACCACGUGGUGUGAUUGGAAGCCCUUCGAUCAGGAUAACUACAAGGAACUGUUUGGAGCCCUGGACAAUGCGUUCUUGGUUGCUUAUGCAAUUGGGAUGUAUAUCAGCGGGAUUUUUGGUGAGCGUCUUCCUCUGCGCUAUUACCUUUCCGGAGGCAUGUUGCUGAGUGGCUUAUUUACUGCCUUAUUUGGGUUGGGCUACUACUGGAAUAUCCAUCAGUUAUGGUACUUUGUGUUUGUACAGAUCCUGAAUGGCUUGGCUCAGACAACUGGUUGGCCAUCGGUGGUGACGUGUGUCGGCAACUGGUUUGGAAAGGGGAAGAGAGGUUUAAUCAUGGGCAUCUGGAAUUCACACACAUCUGUCGGGAACAUCUUGGGGUCCUUGAUUGCUGGCAUCUGGGUCUCCAAGGCGUGGGGAUUGUCUUUCAUUGUGCCUGGAAUCAUCAUAGCUUUCAUGGGUGUUGUCUGCUUCCUGUUCCUCAUCGAAUAUCCAGAAGAUGUUGACUGCAGCCCUCCUCUUCACCACGAGGCCAGUUCUGAUGAGAAAGGUCUGGAGGCAGGACACUCCAUCAGUGACGGGAGCCUGAAUGCCUCUACCAACAGCCGAGAAAAUAUCAUUGACAUGGUGGAUCAUGACAAAGGCUCUGGGGAGGACCGAGAAGCCAUCAGUUUCAUUGAUGCCCUCAAGAUUCCUGGAGUGAUCGAAUUUUCAUUCUGCCUUUUGUUUGCCAAACUCGUCAGCUACACCUUUCUCUAUUGGCUGCCGCUUUACAUCGUGAAUGUUGCUCGCUUAAGUGCAAAAGAAGCUGGAGAUAUGUCAACUCUGUUUGAUGUUGGUGGCAUUAUUGGUGGCAUUGUGGCUGGUCUCAUAUCGGACUACACUGGAGGCAGGGCCACCACUUGCUGUGCAAUGCUUAUCCUGGCAGCUCCCAUGCUCUUUCUGUACAACUAUGUUGGCCAAAAUGGACUAGGUACAUCCGUAGCAAUGCUCAUUAUCUGUGGUGGCCUUGUCAAUGGCCCCUAUGCUCUCAUUACAACUGCCGUGUCAGCUGAUUUGGGUACUCAUGAAAGUCUUCAGGGAAACGCAAAAGCUCUCUCCACAGUCACAGCCAUCAUUGAUGGAACAGGUUCUGUAGGUGCUGCUCUUGGACCUUUGCUAGCCGGUUUGAUCUCCAGCUCUGGCUGGGAUAAUGUCUUCUACAUGUUGAUUUCAGCCGAUAUUUUGGCGUGUCUGCUCCUUUCACGAGUGGUAUUCAAAGAAAUUCGAGAUUGGUGUGGCUGCUAUACAAGAAAAAGAGGGUCAAUCACCAUUUUUUGAACAGUCAUGCUCUGGGGCCAUAAAUCCCGCUUUAAAGAAUUCUGAUAUGGUCUGCCUGGCCAUAGGAGUCCAUCGAGGCAAGAAGAAACAGCAUUGCCAAAAGGGUCGGUUUUUUUGCCCUCCACCUACGCACGUGGGAUGAAUUAAUGACGCUCCAAUGUGCUCCAGAGACAAAACUUUUCCUACAAAAAAGCUAGCCAGGUCAAUCACUGGCUUCACUUUAGGUUUUUUUAAAAUGAUUGACGGUGGAAAGCAGGGGGGAAAAAAAUACAACAAUAGAAAAAGAAUGAGCAUAUUUUGGAUCCAGUUGGGAGUCCCCAUACUUUCGUUUUUUUCUAUCAGUUGCCAGAUGCAUUCCAUUUUGUUUUUUAUUAUUAAAAACAGAGAACCAGUCCAGGGUUCAUUUCUCCACCUGGAGGAAGAAAAAGCUUCAGUCCUCUUGCUGCUUCUUCCACAGUCCCCUUUUUUUUCAUUUCUGGAGAUGUUUUCAUUUUAUGCAAAACCACUGCCAAGUGUUUAAUUUGAAUUACAAGAACAACCCAGGGAAAAGAGGUUUCCUCUUAAGCCAAACACUUUUUUUAAAAAACUAAAAGUUGUAUGUUAAUGAUAGCUAUUUCUACUACAAGGACAUGAAGCCCGAUGUAAAAUAAUACCACCAGCAGAGGCUGUCACAGGGUGAGCUCAGAAUGGUGCUAAUAAACCAUCCUUAAACUCAGAAAGAAAAAACUUGUGUUGUAGAGGUGAAUAACAUUUGGGAGGGAAAGGCUAGUGAGCUUCAGAAAAAUGAGACAUGGCAAACAUUUGGUUGUUGUUGAACCCGCAACUUUAAGGGAUGUGUCAGAAGAAGGAAACAAGCCACGUCCACAACUCUUGUCAGAAGACCAAAUCAUCCCGUUGUCUAAUUCCUACUUUAAGUCUCCUUGAAAUAUCUUCAACUAUAAAAUAUCCUUGAAAUAUCUUCAACUGGAAAGCCAAUGGAAGGCUAAUUGAAUGAUUUCUUCUUAUUGAAAGGAAGAAACAUUUAGAAGAAAUGUUAAAUGUUUUCACCUCCCCUGCUUGCAAUUGGUCAGUUGCAAAUGGUCAAGUGUGAUCAAGACUUCUGGGAUCAACUGGAUCUAAUUUUGGACACACAGGAAUGAAAACAACCCAUCUUCAUUGAGCCGGAUUUGAGACUUUGUGCAUCUAAUCUCUUUUUUUUUUCAUAUCUCACACCAACACAAGAGAGCUGUUGCUCUUGAUGCAAACAUGGCCAACACAUUUUGCUGUAAGCUCUUUUACCCCAAUUGUCUCAGGGCAAAAAAAUUAUAGUGGAUGUCAAACUAUUCAAAUUGGAUGUUUGGAAGAACAGCCAGAUCAGCAGAAUGGGGGUUUCGUUCUGAUCUGGGAUAUACCACAUUCUUCUGGGGAUGUGUUUGAGUUUGUUGAAGAUGGCCUCCAGGGUAAAACACCUGUCUUCAGAUCAUCCGUUGCACAGAGAUUCCUUAAGAGUUAGGUGUGAAGGAAUGCAAGAUUUAGGUCUCUGUGGAGCCCCUAUUCUACUUUUGUUAAAGCUAGUCACCUAAUGUUAUGGAAAAGACUUUUUCUUCCCUGGAGAAGAAAAUGUUAGUAAAAUUAUCCUAGGGGAUUAAUAAAGGGUGCUUACAUUUAACUCAGUUAUCACUAGGCCAGGGAUGUGUUUUGUCUUUCAUUAAGUACAGUCAUUGUAUUUUCAGUGGACUGCAGUGGACUUCAAAUACUUCAAGGAACCACUUAAAAACAGAGAUGCAAUAGAGUGGUCUUUAAAUGGUCCCCUCGAGCUCUCUAAUUUAUCUCAAAUCACAAUGGAAGGCCUCAUGAAGGGAAUUUCAUCCUCCCUUCCAAAUUAGGAUCCCCCCCCCCCAGAUUAGUGAACUCAACCAAGGAAGCUGCAGAGGGAUUAAAAGAGCCUUGUCUGUGAAAUUCAGAAGCGAGUAAGUUCAACAGUGCUAAGUCAAAUUGGAAAGUAUUUCAGCCAAAUUAAGAAAUAUCAGAAACCCCACUAGCAAAAGUUUAUGUCAUAACAACUCUUAUAGGCUUUUAGUUCAGAGGUAUCCAACCUUAGCAACUCUAAGACCUGUGAACUUCAACUCCCAGAAUUCCCCAGCCAGCUAUGGAAGAAUUUUGGGAAUUGAAGUCCACAAGCCUUAAGGUUGCCAAGAUUGGACACCCCUGCUAUAGAUUAACAUGAAGCUCUGGAUAGUUUAUGUAAUGUUUACCAUCUUGUCUGUAGAAGAACUUGCUAGUGAUGAAAUCUUGUGAUGUAAUAGUUCCAUUCGUGUAACAAGUAAAGACUCGCCAUGAAUUUUA